AUGCCAACAUCAGCGGCAGCCCUCCACGCCUCCCUCGAAAAACACAACGCGACAUUUGAGUCCCUCCUCCGCCUCAUCCCCGCCAAAUUCUACCUCGUCCAGGACGACGGCGACGACCAGGUGCGUAGCUCCAAGUACCACAAAAAUAAGCGCAACAAGCAGGCGCCGAAGCAGGCCAUCAAGGAGGCCUCGAAAAAGGCCCGCCGCGAAAAGCUCGACCCCGCCAACAAUAAGUCCAUCCUCGACAUACAAAACGAGCGCGCGUCAGCGUCCGCCCGCGCGAAGAAAGGCAAAGCAAAGCAGGCGCAGAAACACCCCGCUGACGAUGCAUCCGACGAGGAAGACGGCGCCGCGGACGUCACCCUCGACCUCGACCUCGACGGACAUGACGACGUGAAUGAGGAUGACGAGUUCGACGAAGACGAGGCGGCGGAGAUCGUCCCGAUGCCUGAGUCGCAGAGUAUCGACGCCCUUCGCGCAAAACUGCACGCGCGCAUGUCCACUCUUCGGAAUCGCGGCCGCAGGCCCCCCGGAGAGUACCCGCAGGACGUCGGAAGCCGCGACGAGCUGCUUGAGGAGCGCCGGCAGCAGCGCGCGGCGAUGCGGGAGCGGCGGCGGAAGGAGACGCGGGAGAAAAUCCGGAGAGAGGAGGAGCAGCGGGGGAAGAAGGGCAAGGAUAAGGACAAGGGCCGGGACAAGGCGCAGACGACCAAGACACAGCUCCUCGUUCCCGACCGCCCGCCCUCCUCGCGCCCCGCGCACGACCCCAAAUCCCCCUUCACCAACAUCGCCUUCUCCACGCUCGCGACGCCCGCCGACGCGCCCUCCUCCAGCAAAAAGGCGCAUCAGCGCCUCACGACGUCCGCGAACCCGACACAGGCGCUUGCGCAGCUCGCGGCGCGCAAGGAGCGGCUCGCGGCGCUACCCGCGGACAAGCGCCGCCAGAUCGAGGAGCGCGAGCGCUGGCAGAAGGCCGAGGCACGCAUGGAGGGCGUCAAGGUGCGCGACGACGAGGCGCGCCUCAAGAAGGCCGUCAAGAAGGACGAGAAGGAGAAGGGCAAGAGCAAGAAGUCCUGGGACGAGCGCAAGGAGCAGAUCGGCGCCGCGAUGGCGGCCAGGCAGAAAAAACGCACCGACAACAUCGCGCAGCGCAACGAGCGGCGAAGCGACAAGCGCAAGGGCACCAAGCCCAAGGCCUCCUCCAAGGCGCGCCCCGGCUUCGAGGGCAAGGCGUUCGGCAAGGGCAAGGGGAAGAAGAAGGGCAAGUAG